AUGUCGUCCGUACCUGCUUCGCAAGCGAGGAAGAAUAAGAAGGUGAAGAAGCUUCUAGUAGAGGGUGUCCCGUCCUCCGUGAGGUAUCUGGUGCGGAUCCAUCUGACGGACGGGAAGGCAAAGAAUGUGCCGAAGGUAUAUGAGCAGUUGGUGAAGAGGGGGCAUGUACCGAGCUACAAGGAGAUCGAAAGGGACGUGCAAGCGUAUAUUCGAGAGAACUCCCAACCCCCCACAAUGAGGGAGUCCAUGAUGUCGUUACUCGAAGCGUACUUGACCAUGGUUCCAGAUGUGCAAUAUAGUCGAGGUCUAACCUUGAUUGUCGGGAAUAUCCCGUUGUUGGCACCUGAGGAAGACAGAUUUUGGACGUUCGUUUUCCCUGAUGGACUCGUAUCUUCGGCCCUAUUUCUCCUCGAGCAGUUCACAGAUGGAGGUUGA